CCUGCAACCUAGGUUAUCUGCCGUUGACCGUAUUCGAACCCGGGACCCUUGGGUCCAUAGGCCCACGCGCUAUCCACCGAAGACGCCGGCUAGGGCCAAACAUUAGAGCUUUGAUAGAAUUGGGGAUGCUAGAUACCAGUGUCGCACAGCACGUUGCCGAGCCUGGUGGUUUGGUUAAGUGCCGCGGGCGCGCGCUACUGCGUUUGUCAGCCACAGUCUGCGCCAGCUCCUGCGUCCAGGACAUGAGCUCGGCCGCUAGGUGUCCACUGGCGCGGGCCCCACAAUCGGUGUCUGGAGGUGCACCGGCCAGCAGAUGGCCUCCGCCCACAACCCUGCAGCUGGUGCGUUGUCGCGAAGUUUCACAGGAUCUGAAGUACACAGCACAGUGCUAGCCGAGGGCUCUGGGAGCUCUGGGUAACAUAGUCUAAGCCAUCUGAUUGGGCCCAGCGAAGUAAUCAAAUAGCCAAUGAAAAGGUACAAUGAAAAGUUUAUUUACAUGCUCAUUUGUGACGACAGCCUAUGAAUCCUCCAAUCAGGAUCGAAAUCUAACUAGCCUCAUUUGAAUACAUCGUCUAUAAAUAAUCGCGCCACUGUUGAGGGGUCAUUAUUUCCUCCAGUGUCAGCGACAGUGGGACACCCAUCGCCGUUAUGCCCGAGCCCGCCAAGUCGGCGCCCGCCCCGAAGAAGGGCUCCAAGAAGGCGGUGACCAAGGCGCAGAAGAAGGACGGCAAGAAGCGCAAGCGCAGCCGCAAGGAGAGCUACUCGGUGUACGUGUACAAGGUGCUCAAGCAGGUGCACCCCGACACCGGCAUCUCGUCCAAGGCCAUGGGCAUCAUGAACUCGUUCGUCAACGACAUCUUCGAGCGCAUCGCGGGCGAGGCGUCGCGCCUGGCGCAUUACAACAAGCGCUCGACCAUCACGUCCCGCGAGAUCCAGACGGCCGUGCGCCUGCUGCUGCCCGGCGAGCUGGCCAAGCACGCCGUGUCCGAGGGCACCAAGGCCGUCACCAAGUACACCAGCUCCAAGUAGACGCGCAAGUAAGCGGCCUGACUCCUGACCCCAAAGGCUCUUUUCAGAGCCACGCAUUCUUUCAACAAAUGAGUUGUAAUCCAUUCAUUCGCUCAGAAUCUAUUAUCUGGUUUCUCUGAGUUGAAAGCUGCAUCAUCAUUUUAUUAGUGAGGUGUAGGGAAUACUUGGGAGUUAUCCAGCAGUAAUAGCUACCACCAGUUGUAUAGAUGGGAGAGAAGCGCAGUUCAUAAGUAAACACUAAUUUGUCCUGGAAGUGAUUGCAAAUGUACAGCUCCCAUUUCCGUGUGCAGAUCUCCGAAUUGGUCAGGGACUUGAACCCCUCAUGAAAGCACAGUGCAAUUUUUUGUGACAAGUUCUCUUUAGAGUUUUUCUCCAAAAAAAAAAAAAAAAAGCAAACUAUUGCUGAGAAAAGGUUGAAAACAAUGUUUUCACGAAGUAUAGAGGUUUUUCUGGUUUGGUUGCUGUGCAGUUCAAUUUCUGCUUGAGGCUCUGAGCAGCGGUGGGGGAGGGAGAGGGCUUAGCCUGUGCUGCAUCCCCAGGGCACAGGGAGAGGAGGUGGGACCAGGCUCGGAGGCGUCUUCAAAGCCUGGCAAGCAGGUUAUUUUGGGCGAAAGGCAGUUUUCGCCUUGGGCACAAGAGAAGGUUCUACCCCUCAACUACGGGCAACUUGAAUUAGGGACAUUGCCCAUAAGAGUUUCAGGAAGAACCUGUUUGGCUUGUCUGAAGGGCAGGACGAACUUCUAUUUACCUGCUCUUAUGUUGCAAUAACCAACCCUUUGAAGCCCUCAAAGUGCAAGACACCAUCCCUAGCUCAGAACGUGUUGUAUACCUGCUGCCCAUUCUAUCUCCAAACCUCUCACAGAUGCCGGUGUCUGACUUACGUGUGUGGGGUCCCCGUGUGCACAAGAUUAAAUGUGAAUUUCUCGUGUUAA